AUGACGUGUCACAAUAACACCUGCGACCUCCGGGGCCAUCUUCAGUUCUCAAUACUUGGGACAGGCCGCCAGCCUGCUAUCGACGACGCCUACCAUCAGCUGGGCCUCACCACCGUAUACAUUCUCUCGAUCAACGGGUUCCUCAACAUACUCGAAGUGGCCACAGGUCUAGGCAACUUCAUGACUUACAUGAUACUCGGCGUCGCAUCCAUGUCGCAACAUUUCCUGUACGCCUGCUGCUUCGGCUACUCCGUGAAUGGCGGACACUUCCUCCUCUCUGGGCUGCUCUCCCAGGCAGUGGCAGAAGUGCUGCCUCUGACAAUCUACUACAGACUGUACCAGGUGAGUGCCAUGUGUCUGUACUUCAUGGGCUCCGUGGCCAUCAUGACCUACGACCUGCCGACCAACCCUGAUGCCUUUUGUGGCAUGGCGGCUGGCAUGUUCGUCGGACUUGUACACUUGGUCCAUCUGGUCUACAUUCUGCUCUUCACGACGUCAUUCUAG